AUCAGCCUCGCGCGCAGCUGCUGCGGCAGUGGGUGCAGCUCAGCGCAGGGCGGGCGGGGCCAUGGGGGUGCUGUCCGUGCCGGCCGCGGUUCGCGCCAUCCUGCUGGACAUCGAAGGCACCACCACGCCCAUCGCCUUUGUCAAGGACACUUUGUUUCCUUACAUCAGAGAUAAUGUCCAGGAGUAUUUGCGUGUACACUGGGAAGAGGAGGAAUGCCAACAGGACGUCAGCCUUCUGAGGAAACAGGCUGAAGAGGAUUCUAACUUGGCUGGAGUAGUGCCUAUUCCUCCAGAAACUGGGACUGGAGAAGAGGAUUCAGAGCGGGUUAUCGAGGCUGUAGUAGAUAAUGUGCACUGGCAGAUGUCUCUAGACAGAAAAACCACAGCAUUGAAACAGCUGCAGGGUCACAUAUGGAAGGCAGCUUAAACUGGACAAGUGAAGGGAGAAGUCUUUGAGGAUGUGGUUCCUGCUAUCAGAAAGUGGAGGGAAGCAGGGAUGAAGGUGUAUAUCUAUUCUUCAGGGAGCGUGGAGGCACAGAAGCUUCUGUUUGGAUACUCUACAGAAGGUGAUAUUCUAGAGCUCUUUGACGGCCAUUUCGAUACCAAGAUAGGUCACAAGGUAGAAAGCGAGAGCUACAAGAGGAUUGCAGCAAGUAUUGGAUGUUCGACUGAUAACAUUCUCUUCCUGACUGAUAUCACUCAGGAGGCAAAUGCUGCAGAAGAAGCAGAUAUGCAUGUGGCUGUGGUCAUCAGACCAGGCAAUGCAGGAUUAACAGAUGAUGAGAAAUCAUAUUACAGUCUUGUCACAUCUUUCAGUGAACUGUGCCUGCCAUCUUCUCCUUAGAACUUUUACAUGACUAGAAGACUAAACUGUGGCUGAUGAAAUUGACCUUUUCGCCCUGGUUAGUUAUGUUGGUAAUAAGAGUGUUUUGCUUUCUUACAUAGGUAUGGCAUCCAUGACUUGUUCAGAUGUUGAGAUCAGUAUAUUUCAGAUGGGAUUCCUAGAGCAGUAAGACUGAGGCCUACAAAAUUAAGUCAGCUGGAGUUGUGAGCAGUUUGAGGAAGCAGCAUCUAAAAAAGUUGCUUUUGCUUAGCUCCCCUAACAGGGGAAUUGCUACCAGAGGAAAACUCUACCAGAUACCUAGUUUUGAAAACUUAUAAACAGGAUGUGCCAUCUUUACAAAUAAAACAUUCUGUGAAGAAAGCAUUUCUCACUCCAGAUGACUUUUGGCUCUUACAAGGAAACACCUUUCUCUGGAAAUAGGGGUAAUAAAUCAUUUUCUGGGUAAGGAGAAAACAACGUUAAAUUAAGUCAAUUUUCUUCCCUAAUAAGUUAAACUAUGUAUGUUCAGAAUAACCAAAGUUAAAUACAACAUAUAGACCACGAUACUGUUGUUUUGAUCUGUCACAGUCUGGCAACAAAGAAGUUCUUUAGCCUGAAGUGAGUGAACGACACUAUCUAAACCCUAUAGCACCACCCGUUAGGUACAGAGGCACACUGCAAGCCUAGCAAGGAAAUUAGGCUAUAUAUAGGGUUGUUGUUUUUUUAAAAGAAAUAUAAAGAUAAACUCACAUGUACUGAUACUGUGCAACAUUGAGCUCCAGAACCUGCUGCAUGCUAGAGCAGAUUUUACCUUUGUAGUAUUUUUAGCAAUAAUGCCUGAAGACUCUCAAGAGGCUACAAAUUGGUUCCCUACCCUAUAACCCAGAUCAUCUGGGAAUAGAUAUUUAACAGGAAUACUUCACAAUGGUCAUUUUCUACUGUUUACUGACAACAAAUUUGUUUCAGAAAACAACUGUGGAACAGCACUGCUUAAACUGUGCUGACUUGUACAAGGUGUUCAUGUAGCAUUUCCUACUGUGGUGAAUAAAACAUAAUUUUGACUUA